CUAACGCGACCGCCUCCUCGCAGCUUCGCUUGCAGAUUCGCCGACUUUGAUUGACUGUUUGUGACUUGAUAAAGAAGGCGAUUGAACAACCAUAUAGGUUUUGUUUGAUGGUGUAGGAGCAGGAAUUUAGAGUGUUUAAACCCUAAUUUUCCAGUUUUAAGAAUUUUGAGUUCAUUUGAAGAGGUUUGUGCUUUGAGAAGGGGGUUUGGUGUUUUAGUCGUGGGGGUACUUCCCGCGUUGAGUAUCGUGUGGGAGUGAUGGCGUCUUCUGUGAAGUUGGGUAGUCACAAUGAUUACAUAUCCCAGUCGCAAGGUUGCGUGGUGACGAUGAAAGGGUUUAAGAAGCAGGCGCCUGCUGUCGAUUCGCAAGUUCGCAUCGUGUCAAAGAAGGAAACCGCAGUGUCCACUGAUCCUGUCAAAGUGUCACUGCAUGAUUGUUUGGCGUGCAGUGGUUGCAUCACCACGGCGGAGACUGUGAUGCUUGAACAACAGAGCACAGGAGAACUGCUGAGCCAAUUAAGUGCUAGUAACAAGGCAGUUGUGGUAUCAUUAUCACCACAAUCAAGGGCUUCUUUAGCAGCUUAUUACGGUUUAACUCCUCUUCAAGCGUUCAAGAAGCUGUCAGGAUUUUUGAAGUCUCUUGGUGUGAAGGCAGUGUUUGAUACUAGCUGCAGCAGAGACAUAUCUUUAGUAGAAUCGUGUGCUGAGUUUGUGGAAAGAUUUAGAGAGAAAAAAAAAUUCCCCAUUCUGGCAUCGUCUUGCCCAGGUUGGGUCUGCUAUGCGGAAAAAACGCAUGGAGAUGAUGUCCUACCUUACAUCAGUGCAGUAAAAAGUCCUCAGCAAGUGAUGGGAACCAUACUGAAGCGAUAUGUAUGCAAGAGUCUAGGGCUCUUGCCGGAAGAUGUUUACCAUGUAACUAUCAUGCCCUGCUAUGACAAGAAGCUUGAAGCUGCCCGUGAGGAUUUCAUUUUUGAAGUUGAAGGGGAAGGGUUAACGGAAGGCAAUAAGCCACAGAUUACAGAAGUGGAUUGCGUACUUACGUCAGGUGAAAUAUUGGACUUAUUACAGACUAGAAACGUAGUUUUUGGGGAACUGGAAGAGGUCCCUUUGGACAGAGUGCUAACAAAUGUAGAUGAGCGGGAACAUUUAUAUGGAGUAUCGGGCGGUUCAGGUGGCUACGCUGAGUGUAUCUUUCGAUAUGCAUCUCGUGAGCUAUUUGGGAAGGAAAUUUCUGGACCUUUACAGUUUAAGACUCUCCGAAAUGCGGAUUUUCGGGAGAUAACGCUUGAAGUUGAUGGGAAGCAGGUGUUGAAGUUUGCUCUUGUGUACGGGUUUCGAAAUAUACAGAACAUAGUGCGACAGAUCAAAGCUGGAAGGUGUGACUAUCAUUUUAUGGAGGUUAUGGCAUGCCCAUCGGGUUGUCUGAAUGGUGGAGGGCAAAUUAAACCCAAGAAGGGGCAAACUGCAAAGGAGUUGAUUCAGCAGCUUGAGGGUGCUUACUUGAACGAUGUAGAUGUUAGGGAACCUUUUGAAAAUGAGAUUGUGAAGGGUCUGUACAAAGAGUGGCUUGGAUAUCCUAGUUCUGAGAAAGCCUCUCAAAUCAUGAGAACUCAGUAUCAUGUUAGAGAGAAGACUGUUGCCAAUUUUGUCAGCGACUGGUAGUGAAGGUGAGGGGUCAAAAUUUUCUUUCGAAUGAGAAUGGAUCGUUUCCCAGUCCACUUCAGCUGCCGCGAUGAAAUCAAAUGUGUGGGAGGCCUUAUCUUGUUUAGGCAACGAGUGCUGGGAGAUUAUGGUCUUACGCCAGGGUUUUUCCUCCCAGGUGCAGUGCAUUAUCCACAGUGACUCGUGUAGUUAGUGAUGGGCUAGCCUGUGGCUCCGUAGGUGUUUCUACAAUGCACGUUCUCUAGGAGAUGGAAAUUGUUGGUGAAUCACCUAGAUUUCCGGAGUGCAACCUGUCUUGUAGCAUAAUGUUGCUUAGGAGUAUAAGAAUGAGAAGCUGCAACCAAAACAUGCAAGCGCCACUGGAGAAUCUAGUCUAAUGCCAUAGUAGAAAUUUCACCAUUUCUGAGGUUUCAGGCGUGAGUGACCUGAGGACUUUGGGGAUGAAUUGUGAAAGAUUUAUCCAUCUGAAAAUAUAUUUACUUCCGCUGGAUGUACCAGUCAUCUGAAAUCUGUGCUCCUAUUUCAUCCUCAACUAAUUAGUACGUAGUGAAAGGACUUGGAAUUCUAUCAGUUAUUUUAAGCGAAACCUGCACUGAGCUGGAAACGACUCUUGUGAUGGAAUUUAGGAUGAAACAACUUUAGUUAUGCCAGAACCCACAUGCUUUUCCUUUCCAACAGUAUCCUUGCAUGUGGAACCUGCAGAAUAUUGUUGAAUCUAUUUGACCUGUUGAUGCCAAGCUCGCGUCUCUGACGUUAUAACCAAUUUUACUUACCUCCUGAUUAGCAUGAUUUAUUCGGCUUUGCCUUGCUGCAUCUGAAUUAUUCCCUCUCUCACCUUGAUUACUUGUUUCCCCUCCGUGCAAGGGGUCCCAGCGCUCACCUUUUCGAGAACUAUCAGGAUCUUCCGGCCACCUAGGAGGAACUUCGGGUAGGGUACCUGGAACAUUCCCUCUCUUAUCUUGAUAGUUUUUUAGCUCAUGGUCCAGUAGUUGGCAUCCUUGAACCAAGUUGUGUGGUUUUACAUCUCUCUGUCUUGCAGCUCUAAGCAUCUCUUGCCCACCUUCCUGAGCCGGAUCUUGCUCAAUGUGCCAAGCAUCUGUCUGCGCUUUCGUUCCACUCGUCGCCGCUGCUUGGGUCUUGCCAUCGCUUCUUUCUGCUACAAAGAAGUUCUGUUCUUUCUCUGCGUUGAACUUUCCCUGUAACCCAUCUGUUAAAAGAAUAGAAUGUUUCUGACCUUCGGUAGUUCUCCAUAUUCUCAAGUCAAUUGGAAACAGACCGGUUCCGCUCCACUUUCGCAGCUGCUCUACUGAAAAGGGUCCUUGAACAGUUCCAGAAGGGUCCACAUAGUGCCAUAAUUUUUCAUGUUCGACUCCAUGAUUCACUGCAACUGUGGGAACGGCUGUCGAAGGGACCGCUCCAUGAUGCCUUGUGGUGUUGAAAGUGUUGCUCGAAUUAGGUACACCCUCACCCUCAAAAGAGUUGAUCUUGUCUUGCUCUGCUACCACCCUAGCGUCCUUUUUGGGACCCCAUGGAUAGGCAGUUCCUUCAUUUGUCCUCCUUCGUGGAUCCUCCAUGGCAUUGCCACCUCCCGAAACUUUCUCCCGCGGCGAUCGUUUGUCUCGAUCGUCACCCCAGCGAGGCUUUGCUUCUUCAACUCGACUCUUGUGGUCAGGUGCAAACGACGGCUUUGCAGCACACUGUCGGUUCCUCCCCAGCUCAACCUUUUCGAACAGGAGUCCGAGCCAAUGUGUUGAGGAUGCCUUGCACUUGUACAGAAUGUAUCUACAGCCACCAAGUAUUAUCGUUUUGCAAAAACCUCAUUAGAUGUUCUCUUCGCUUUCUUCCCAUGUCAAAGCAUACUUUAAGAGGACGUUGCACCUAGCCUUUCGAAUGAAUGCAUAUAUAUAUAUAUAUAUAUAUAAAAGGAGGAAGUCGAAAGUACGCAAUGAAUACCUGAGAGUGAAGCAUCUUCCCCAUUUUCAUCAGAUUCGUAGCUUGGAUCCAUGUGCGGAUCUGCAGCUAUAUCAGGUCUAGCCUUCACCUUUUCAUCUUGAAACGUAGAAUUGUUUAGCUCUUGUAGUCUUUCCACACACUCCCUCAAUGUGAAGAAUAAAAUCUAGUCAAGGAUUGGAGUUGGAGGCUAUUCAAUUCAACAGACUCUUGAUUUUGGGUCAAACAGGGAUGUUAUUAUUUUCAUAUGAAAGACGUCAAUGAAUUACAUUCUAUACUCCAGAAGAAUAGUAUCCAUUCAUUUGGGUACAAAUCUUCAUUCUCUUUCAA